CAUGCUCAUGAUACUACUAUUUGAAAAAAGGUCCAUAUUUUUAGAGAGAGAAUGAGAAGCAAGUGAGAUCUAGAGAGAGAAACAAGAAAGUUAAUUCAGCCAUGGGAAGACCUCCUUGCUGUGAUAAAAUUGGAAUCAAGAAAGGUCCAUGGACCCCUGAAGAAGACAUUAUUUUGGUCUCUUAUAUUCAAGAACAUGGUCCUGGUAAUUGGAGAUCAGUUCCUACUAAUACUGGACUUUUAAGGUGCAGUAAAAGUUGCAGGCUUAGAUGGACUAAUUACCUAAGACCAGGGAUUAAAAGAGGUAAUUUUACACCUCAUGAAGAAGGGAUGAUCAUUCAUUUGCAAGCUUUAUUGGGCAACAAAUGGGCAGCAAUAGCUUCAUAUCUACCACAAAGAACAGAUAAUGACAUAAAGAAUUACUGGAAUACCCAUCUCAAGAAAAAACUCAAGAAAUUUCAGUCAGCUUUAGAUCCUGCACAAGACUCCAACACUGAAAGAUCAAGAUCAAGCUUAGAUUUGUAUCCUAAUCCCACCACCACCUCCACCACCACCACCACCACCACCACCACAGUCUCUGCCACGGCCGCUCCUUACGCCUCCAGCACGGAGAACAUUUCGCGGCUGCUAGAAGGGUGGAUGAGAUCAUCAUCAUCAUCUUCAAAAGCUAAUAACAAUAGUGGAAAUAAUUCUUCAUCAAUGGCUACAACUUCAGUAAUUGAGUGUUAUAAUAAGCCAAAAGGUGAUCAAAAUGGUGGUGGUGAUUUAAUUUCUCACGAAGAAUUUGAGUCAAUAUUAUCAUUUGAGAAUUUGAGUAAUGUUGCAUGGGAAAAUAAUAAGUCUACAUGUGAUCAUCAAGAAAAUAAUAAGGAUAUUAUUAUUCCGAAUAAAAAUAAUAUUACGGAAAAUAAUAAGAAGCAGAAAUUAUGUGAUGAUCAAAUUCAAACCAAUCCUCCAUUAUCAUUUCUUGAGAAAUGGCUCUUAUUGGAUGAAGCUGGUACUGCUCAAGUUGAAGAAGAAAUGGGAUUAUCUCCGAUAUUUUGAUGAUCGAGUUAAAUAUUUUUACGGUUAUUGAAGAACUGUAUGAUGAUCGAGUUAAAUAUUUUUGCGGUUAUUGAAGAACCGUUUCCGAUAUUCUGAUUUUCAUGUUACUGACUACUUUUUUUAGUUUGAGCUAUAAAUCAAUGGGCACUAAAAAGAGUGUUCUGAUUAAUUAUCUAGCUUUUUAGGGUAUAAUCUUAAUUAAUUUUAGCUGAGAUUCUGAAAAUUUGGGAUCUCUUAAUUUGCAAGUGUAAUUAACUUAUGAAUUAUUAUGUUCUUGUUGAAAUAAUUGAGUAAGAUUUUUGUUUUUA